UUCAACCCCCCAUAUCAAAUCGUCCAAUAUUUUCAGCGAUGAGAUCACAGAUUGAGCAUGAGAGGUCCGAUCUUCCUUGCCCUAAGCGUCCCAAGUUAGAGGAGACAUCGAAACAUGACUCGUAUGAUUCGGAUGAUUGGGAAACUUUGUCAGAUGAUUUCCGACUCUUAGAUGAAGAGUGGGACAAGAGCGGGGGUUUUGAUGUGGACUUGUCGAAACUACGUCACACAUUCGGUUACGGAUCUGUGGAUCUGGACGAGUCUGACCUAGCUAGCAGCAGCGAGCCUCAUGAGAACAAUAACAGAGAUUUUCUCAACAGAAUUUCGAAGAUGGCUAUCUCCUACUACAACGAAAGGACGGAUACAAGUUUGGAACUUGUCAAGGUUCUGAGAGCAAAUUUUCACCCAUCUGCUGCAAUCACGCUCUACAUCACCUUCGAAGCAUAUGAUAUUUGGGAUGUUAAUAACCAGACAAAACGGUACCAGGCAGUGGUUCGCUACUUGCCCUGGGAUAUUAAAGUAUGCUCUUGCUGCCCUGCGCCAUCUUCUUCAAUCUAGAUGA